GUCCCGGGACCAUUCCUUGGAGCUUCAGAGAUGUGGAUGAGUUGUCGACGAACAUGAUCAAUGGCUUACCAUCGAAAGCAUUAAGCAUCAUCAUGAAUGAGAACUUUUCUGGCACAAAGGACUUCGUCCGGCUCGAACAUCCAAUUGCACGCCCAAGCUACCGCGAGCUCAGGGCAAACUUUGUGCUGUUGAAACCGGUAGUCCAGAAGUUUCCGGCCAAGGCGCAACAAGAGUUGCACUUGAAUAAUGUCGUUUCGGUUCAUGAGAGCAAGCUCUUGGAUGGCACCUUGCAGCAGGUCCCUUCGGGACUGUUCCUCACGGACGUCAUGCUGCUGAUGCAUGAGAAGCUUGGCUCCCGUCUGUUGCGGGGUGAUGCCAAAACCGCAGCCGGCCAGGAGCCCGCCGAGAGCUCCAGUGAGAGUGAUAGUUCCGGCGAGGCUUGUCUUGCAUUGAUGCUCAUUGCGAAACCUGUGCGUGCUCCAAAAUACGCGGGAUCCGUCAUCAUUAAGGAUGAAGCUUCGAGCGACGAUGACAGCAGUGUUGCAACGGUCGACGAGGAUAUGAGUGCAGAUCCGGCUGGUGCUGGAGAUGGAGAGAACUCAGAUGAUGAUCUCGGUCUGGGCGAUGCAAGCUCUGCUGAGAGUGAAAGUGAGGACGCAGCCAGCGAGGAUGCAUCCGAUGAUGCUUCGGCGGACGAAUCCGCCCGAUCCCUCGGUGGAGUUGCAGAUUGCCCCGGAGAUGGUGACAACUCAAACGCCGACACAAGCGAGGAUGAUUCGGAGGACCAGUCCGGCCGAUCCAGCUGUGGAGAUGCAGAUUGCCGUGGAGAUGAUAGUGAUGUCGGAGAUGACGACGAGCACGGCAUCCCGGCUUGGACCAAGCGCGCAGACCGCCCCAUCCCGGGCAAGGACAGCCCUCCCCGGCGAGAUGCCCCGUCGGCGGGCAUGGUGUCCCCAAGAGAUCACUACGGUAAUCCUGUGGAUCCCAAGAAGUUUGUUGAUGCUGGCCCGACGAAGAACUUCGACAAUCGACUCCUGGCCCUGCGUGAAGACUACGAAUCCUCCGAGUCCGAUGAUGCGAUGAGUGAUCCGGAGCUUGACUUGACGGAUGUUGAAACCGUUCACCAAGCCCCAGCGAGCUGCUCGACAAGUUUGCCUCCCCACGACCCCGCCGUUUGCGAGGACAGCGAUGAGGACGACAGUGCGUCCCUGGCUACGACAGUGAAGCUGGGCGAUCACUUAGUGUCGGAGGAUGAAGCGGUGCAGUCGCCGUGCGACUUCUGCGAUGUCAUGCCCGAGAAUGAAGGAUGUUGCGUGGGCUGUGGUUGCGCUUUGGUCCCGAGGGAUAAGGCAGUGGAGGAGCAGGACAACAAGAAGAACAAGAAGAAGGACAAGAAGAAGGACAAGAAGAAGGACAAGAAGAAGGACAAGAAGGAGGACAAGAAGGACAAGCAGAAGGACAAGAAGAAGGACAAGAAGAAGGACAAGAAGAAGGACAGCCGGCCCGAGCAGUCCUUCAGGAAGACGGGCAAUGACAGCGAUGAUGAGCUGCCUGGCUUUCUUGUCGAGGCGGCCAAAACCAUGGAGGAGCAUGGGUCUUUGUGCAACGCCUUGCAGCAGUUGACCAUCGAUUCCCCGAAGAAAGCUUCAUACACACCCGCAUGGGACAGUGCCAAGCCGAGGAAGAGCAAGCAUGCGCAGCGCGAGGAUGGGGAGUCCACGGCUAAGAAGAAGACGUGUGUGUCGCACGAGCAUGGGGUCAUGGAGGCUGAGAAGAAGAAGACGUGUGUGUCGCGCGAGCAUGGGGUCAUGAAGGCUGAGAAGAAGAAGAAGACGUGUGUGUCGCGAGAGCAUGGGGGACCGAAGGAAGAUGAGGACCCGUUGUCCAAGCAGCUUCAUGAGGGUUUGGAGGAUCUCGAUCGUGUCAGCAAACCCAGCGGCAAGAACAAGCGUAAGGCAAAAAGUGCGAGCUCCAACAAGGCCAGUUUCAAGAGGCCCCGCGGUAAGGGCCGGUCUUCGACUGCUUCGACAGCUGCGCCAUCGAGCUCAGCGGAUGCUUUGGCAAGUGAGCCGAUCAGCGAGCCGGAGAUGGAUGCGAACCUGGCAAUUGUGCCAGCCUUGCCAGCAGAGCCGGUGGCCGAGACAGAGAAUGAUGACAAGUGGCACUCCUAUGAUUUGAAGGCCCUGGGUAUGCCCCAGGAGUGCAGACCUAAGGGUCCGGGUCGAGGAGUGCAUUCAUACACCCUGUCUUUGAGCGGAGCAACCUUUGAUGUGUUGAUGCGCAAGAAAGGGUUCUACAUCAAAAAACCCAUCGGGACCGGCAAGAAAGGCACCAUCAGCUGGGCGAUCAACGGGGGUAUUGAAAAAGCUUGGUUGAAGGCAAAGCAGCAGGCAGGCUUGCAGUAG